UCUGAUUCCCUGCUAUCCCUCUCUCCAGUACCUCCUCCACUACCUGGUCUCCCUGAAGAAGUGGAUGAACCGGCACACGUGGGAGAGGACGCCGGUGGCCGUGACCGCAUGGGGGGCCCUCCGCGACAGCUACCACGGCACCGUGUGCCUCCGUCACACCCCCCAGCACGUUGCCGUGGCCGCCCUCUACUUCGCCCUGCUCUGUUACGGCGUGGAGGUGCCCGGGGACGCCACGGGGGAGCGGGCAUGGUGGCAGGUCUUCAGCGAAAGCGUGACCAAAUCCAUCAUGGACGCCAUCGUCAAGGAGAUUGUCCAAAUCUACGAGAUGGACGCCAGGCCCUGAGGGAGGGAGAAGGGGGUCGCGGCGGUGAUUCCUCGGAUAUGAGACCGGUCUGAGAGUGUGGCGGCCCCCCUCCCCGCCUCACCACACCCCUGCCCCCCCGCCCUCCAAUCGUUCGGCGUUCCAGAACCUUCCAGCACCAGGAAGAGUGGCCCCGAGAAUCGGAGGGGUUUCUCGGACUGAACGGGAGGAGGGGGGGUCUACGGCGGCAGGGUUUGUGGGGUGAGGGGGUGGGCGGCCAUUCUGGCCCUCCCCUGUGCCUUGUUGUAUUUUUCUGCCCCAUUAAAGUUUUGCCUUCGCCUAUCU